CAUCAAAAUGUUAUCUUUAAGCAUACCCCAACUAACUGCAUAGUAGGUACUACCACUAUCACUACUACUACGGGUACACACUAAUUUAUUAACUACUGCUUCCAUCCACCUUACAAAAAAAUCUAUACACCACGACCACUAUCGCCACCACAAUUACUCGUGAUAGACACUUCCAAGUAUACCUAAUCAUACAAAUCAACUCACAACAACACUUGCUUAGUAAAUACUAAGUAUUUCAAGUGAUUCAUCUUCUCUUUAUAUCUAGCCUACCUUCCCUUCUAUUGGCCACACAAGCACCUAUAUUCAAGACAAUGUUACGGCAUUCCGUUUCGCAAGUCUUUGGUUUCAAUCACCCAGCUUUAUCUGCACGUGGUGAUGACGACAUGCCACAACAACCUCGGCCUUUCGACAUAACAACAACCCCAUCACCAUCCUCCUCCUCCGUAUCUGUAUCAUUUGGAUCCGGAGCUCAACCACGGACCCAACUUCCCAGCUCUAGCAACAAUAAUAAUAAUAAUAAUAAUAACGCCAUACCACCACCCAAUGCCUCCUCGGCUCUAACCCAGGAACCCCUUCUUCUUCCUCUUCUUCCCCCAUUGCCCUCUGAUUUCCCAGAGCCCAUCAUGCCAGUCACGCAACCACCUCUACCGCGCCGCAGUAUCGCGGGGAGUCAUGCCCCAAUGACCACCAACGCCGCAUCACUGCAAGCAAGGCAGCCGCGAGACGCAUCCAAUCUGCACCCCGUCUUCUUCACCGAGAGGCUGCUGCGGAGAUCAGCGCUGGCGGUAGAUGCGGCGAGCACGACGAACCCGGCGGCGCACGGGUACGUGUAUCAAGGAGCGCGAUGGGGAGACGCUAUUCCGGCCAUGUUAUGAGGUUACGUUGUUAUGAUUUCGGCGUUGGGUUGGCUGGGUGCCUAUUGAUCAAUGAAAAAGUUCACUAUGUCUAGGUGUCUUACUGUACAUGUAUGUACAUGAAAUACUACGCGCGAAAGGAAUAUUAAAGAUUAGACAAUUUGAGAUUGUAGCACGUAAAGCGAUUAAGCCAUAAUAUAAGACUGAAAAAG